AUGACUCAUGUCAUGCUGUUCCAGAGGCCUGGGUGCAAACAGUGAUCCCAUCAAGCUCUCAAGUGACAGAGGAGUCAUCGAGAAGUGAUGCUGAGCCCAAAUCACAAACAACCAUCAGCUCAUCUAUCCCUUUGCCGGGCAGUAUUAUGGACUACAUGGAUGAGCUGCAAAUGCAUCCUCCAUGUGCUGCAAAAAGUGCUGCCAUUGUUGAGGAAGCUGGAUGUGGUGAAAUUGGGCAGGGACAAUCUUGGUUGAACAAACUGAGCUUCAACAAGAACAAGCUCUCAUUUGUAACAUGCCUGAAUGAAAGGAAAGGAAACAAAACUGCACAAAAAGGUCACCCCAGUGCUCCUAGAGUGCUCUUUCAUGACAAUCAACUGGAUGGAUGCCUGUCCAACGAAGAACAGCUUUACAUUCCAUACAGACUAGCAAAAUUAUAUAUUACCAAGAUUGCUAAAGACAUGCAUCAGAUGAAAAUUGGGUACACGAAGGCAAUCAAAGAGCUGGAGCAUGUAGGAAAAGAAAAUCAGGAACAAGCUAUGUUGGCUCUGAAAAAUCAGUAUAGCAACAAAAUGAAGAACUUGCGAGCUCAGCUGGAGGCCUAUCAAGAGACAGUAGACAAGAAAAACCAAUACUGGCAAGACACAACAAAGAAACUGAAGGAAGAAAAUAGAAUACUGAGACAAGAGAAAGAAGAGCUGGCAAAUCAGAUCACACUGCAGAAGGAAAAAUGGGGUGAUGAAAAGGCUUGGCUGCUCAAGAGCACUACUCAGAAGCUAGACUGCCUGCAUAACCAGCACACCUUAACUAUUGAAGAACUUCAGAGGAGUAGAGUAAACCUUGAAAAAGUGGAGAAAAUUGUAGAUUUUCAAAUGGACUUACCCUGUGAUCAACGAAGGGCAUUAAUUAUAUCAGAUGAGAUAACAGAAAAAGGAAUCACAGACCAUAAUGCAGGGGUGGAAAAGUCUAAUGUCACAACACAGGAGUCAGAGACUACAGAGCCUGCUCAAAGGUCUACAUCUGUUGUGGUGGAGAUGGAGGAAGCGCAUAAUGGUUUGCCACAAAAGAAACUUCUGUUGGAAGUGAAAGCCACCUUGGAGCUGGUCAAAGGGUCUUUACACAAACGGGAGACAGAGAUCAGUGAACUUCUGCAAAAUGGACAUUGGUGUAACUCUCAAAUUACAGAUAUGUUGUUGACAGAGUCUACUGUAUAUUAGCUAGUGAAGAUACAUUUGCUUAGUUAAGACACAGACCAGAUAUGGGCUGAUGCUUCUAUCCUAAAUGCUCUUUGGACUAGGAUUUAGUUUACACUGUCUGUCUCUAAUAGUGGGCAAAACUGGUCUCUGAACACAGAUCCACACCAGACAUUUAAAGCACAUGACUUCUCCAAAUAUCCAGAACUAUAGUUUACACUCAUAGAGCUACAAUUCCAAACACCCUUAACAACACCCUACAGAUCCUAGGAUUCUUUGGAGGGAAGGUUUAAAGUUUUAAAUGUUUGGUGUGGAUCUGCCCUAAAACGAAACAGGAAUGUUCUGCUCCCUCACCAUCUCCAUGAACUGGGUGAGAGCCAGAGCAUUCCUCAAAGCAUUGCCGCUUGUCUUCUCUGCCCUGGGGGUGGGAAGAUGAGCAGCAAUGUCACGUGCUGGAACACCUCCCUCUUGCCUGGGAGGGGGUGCUGCAGCAGCAGCAGUGGGGCAGGCGGGGCGCCGCCUCUUGCGCUUCUACUGCCUGAAGCAGGUGCUUCCCCCUCCCUCAUCGGUGGGCCAGCUCUGUGAGCAUGGACCCAAUGAAAUUACUAAGCAUGACUAAGUUAGAUUCAGUGAGUUUACUCUUCCCAUGCAUUUAAAGCACUACUUUAUCACUUUAACGAUCAAGGCUUCUCCUAGGGAAUCCUGGGCGCUGUAGUUUGUUAAGGUGCUGAGAAUUGUGAAGAAGUGCCUAUUCCCUUUACAGAACUACAAUCCCCAGAGCACUUUAACAACUGAAAAUUUUGCAAUGCAAAGUACCCUAUGCAAAUUAGCCUAAUUUGCACAGGAAAAUUAUCCUGUUCAAAAUUUCUCAGAAAACCUGCUUCAAUGUUCUAAACAGAGCACAUAAAGACAGUGGUGUGGCGUGGGUUGUCAGCA